CCGUAAUCUCUCUAUUAAACGUCCCCUUUCAAAUAAGCCCCCCUCUCUGACAAGCCUACUUUUCAAGAUGAAGAAAUUUAAGCCCCCUCUCUAUUAAGCCCCGCCCCCUAUUAAGCCCUCACCCCUAUUAAUACAAAAUCACAUGUAUUUUGAUAUAAAGAUUGAUCGAUUUUCUUCACACCAAUUUUACAGAUCAAAUAAAUAAGCCCCCCUCUUAUUCAAGCCUCCUCUCCAAUAAACACCGCCCUCAAAUUAACCUUACCUGGAAGAAGGAAGUCCUCCAGGCUACGGGUGGUUUAAUUAAUAGUGAGAUUAUAGUAUACAGGUUCUAUUAUUUAGAUGGCUUUUAAUAUAUUUAUAAUUCGUUCUAACGGACUAUAGCGUUUUACAGUUAUGGGGAUUAAACAAAAAGAAAAGCUCAGUUUUCAAACUGCUAGAAACGGCAACGCCGUUGACAACAAUACGAAGGUCAAAAAUCACGAAAUCGUGAGAGCAAAGAUCGGUGCGGAAGCAGAGUUGUCUUUUAUCGAGAAGUUUGUUUAUUUCUGCGUCUAUUCGUAUUUCCUGGCGACGGCUGUGUAUAAAAUUUUUCUAUUUCCGUUAGGUAAGUUUAUGUUUGUUUAUAGUUGUGUAUAUAUACAGUAGAGAGAACCCCGCUAUCGGAAUCGGUGUCAAAUUACAAAAAUAGCUACGUAAUAAUUUAAUUCGAUAAUUAUUACAUGUUGUCGACUUGUCGUGGCAUUGAUACAGCUUUUAAAGUUCUAUUUGUGAAAUAUAACAUAACACUGUCAACAUAAUUGUGUCCAUUGGGCUGUGGAUAUUUUAAACUUAAACAGUGCAUUUCUAGUCCGUUUUACCUGCAUGUUUACGCUACAGAAUCAAAUGUGUAUAUAUAAUAUAUUCCCCUAUUAAUAAAAACAACAGAGUUCGAGACACAGGGAGCCCACUCUGGGUCUUAUUAUAAUAGCAUUACAUGUGUAAUAUAUAGCUCAGUGUUGAGGAGCUCAGAGUAUUUACAUACAAUGAGUUGUAAUGAGCAUAUAUAUUGAGAGCCAUGCUGCCAUGGGCUCGCUGUCAUUCUGUGUCGCUGUGGUUUGAGAUAGGGAACUAGUUCACUGUCAUACAAACAACAAACAAACAAACAGAGUUCGAGAUAACAAAGUAAAAUUGAUUGAAAUAUGUUUGGACCAAAUUAAAGUUGCAUUUCACCCUAUAUUAAAUGUGCCCUACUUUAUUAUUUUACUCUGCAAUGCCGAGAACACUGGCCCACAAUGGGCCAGACUAUCUGCCCAGGGCCAUUCCAUUUAAUAUACACCCCCUCCCCUGUGGACAAAAAUUUCCGAGGGGGUUUGAAAAAGCCGUUUCUGAGGGGUUGUGUGCAUCGGCAUCCUUUGAUCAUUGCGUUUUUUCCGAGGGGUAAGGCAAAAAUUUCUAAAUUUCUGAAGGGGUGUUUGUGUUGGCAAGUGCCGGGGUUCAAAUUUUAUUGACUUCGUCCACAGGGGUGUGUGGUUAAAUCAGUGCAUUUAAUAUUGGUACUAGGAUAGCCCCCCUCUCCCACCCUACACAUUUGCAACAUUCAGUCCUAAUAAUUCUUAUAGAAGAGCCUGAGAAGUUGUACUCAGAAGAUUUUGAUGAUGGAUGGACAUUUUUAGGAAGAAAGAGGGUUGGUUAAAUGUCAAUCAUUCUAAAAAAUUCUUCAAUGGCUCAAGCCAGGGGCCCCACCCAAAUAAUUUGGGGGGCCCUGAGCAAGGAUGACAAAGUGAUGAAGUUUGCAUCUUCUUGAUGUACCUCCCAACAUAUUUCUACCUACCUUUUGCUGCAAAUUUCAUUGCUCAAAACAUUUAACAUAAAACAUCUCCUUUCAUGGUAGCAAAGUGGUAUGGCUUAUACUUUGUUCAUCAGUUAUCCGUAAAUGGCUUAGAAAAUUAUUGGGUAUGGUGUUGGCAAUGAUAGUUACAUUGGUGAUGACACAAUAGUGGUACAUUGGUGAUUAUCACAAUAGUGGUAUUAAAUAAGCAUGAUGACAGGAAAAUGAUGGUAUAAUAACCACCAUGAAAGGACAAUGCCAAUGGUGGUACAAUAAUCACGAUGGCAGUGCAUGGUGUUGUUAUUCCCUAUGAAUUUGGUCUUGAUGUUACACAUAAACUUAAUUACCAGAAUGGUUAUAAAUUGUAGAGUAUAUAUAAUAUAUCAAUUGAAAUAUUUGGCAGGAUACUUCAGAUUUUGAAUGGCAAUUUUGGGCUGGUCAAUUUAGAAAUCUUGUAAUAGCAUCAUCACUGCAUUCAUUUGGCAACCGUUUGGUGUCUUGGUUAUACCCACAGGUAGCUACCCAACAAAUUUUAAGAAACGAUAAGAUCGUUAAAAAGUAGUACCAAAACUUCUUUGGUGAAAACACCAAGACAUUCCUUUGAAUGUCUAUGGUGAAAAUUACCUAUAUAUUUUCAUCAGUUGUCAUCAUCCCUUGUUUUUCAAAAAACAUUUUAAGUAAUCUUCCUUUUUACAUAACUAUGCUUUUUAGCACCGAAUGUUAUUUUUUGCAAUGUUUCAAUUGGGAUUUCUAUCUAUAAGUAUUGGCUGGAAACCAACGCUGGUAUUUGUGGCACAUAACGUGCUUUACUACAUUGCUGGAAGGACAAGAUCAACUUUGUUUUGUUGGUUCGUGGGAUUGGCACUCCUAGUGUCGUUUAUUUCAGUUGAUAGGCUAAUGCAUUUGCAGGUUGGUUUGCACUACAGUUUUAUUUAACACCUUUGUCUUAUAUUUUGUAAAAAUGCUCAGUGCCAGUGGUUUCCGUAAUUUAUACAGUACAAUGAAUACAAUUAACCGAUUCAAAAACUACAGUCCUGGACAAAACCAUCUGCGACACUCACUCUAUUAAAACAUUCCUUUGUGGCUUGUUUUACCAGUUAGACUGGAAUAAUUUACUCGUUUGCCCCCCACCCCCAAAACAAUGUUGGACGUUUUAUCCGUAUUCUAAGAAUGCAAUCAACAUUGAAUGGUGGGGGCAAGGGGGAAGUUUUCUAAAUUUAUGAUAAUAUUACGACAUUUUGUCAAGUAAUUGGAAGUGUCGCAGAUGUUUUGUCCAAGAUUGUAGCUACAAUUUUGCAUUGUUUUACAUUUUAUGCAUUACCAGGCUAAUAAACAAUUUUUCAACAAUUUUUAAACCUCAAGCAACGAAAUUACAUAGCCCUUUGAAAUGUGCAAAAUGAGGCAAGUCAGGCUUGUUUGCUAAAUCUAGUACAAAUUCCGGUAUUUUUAACAUUUAAUUUCUUAAACAGAACACAUGGUAUUGUAUUUAUACUCUGUUGGUCUUUAAGUAUACUGAAGGGGGCAGUGAUUACUUUGUUUGAAAUUAAUUUCGGAAGAAAAAAGAAUGACAACUACUUUUCGAAUCGGUAUUUAGAAUAGAAUAGAGUAAAAUGUGAAUGGAAUAGAAUACAAUAUAAAACAAAACAAUUGAAUAGAAUAGAACACAACACAUGAUGAAAAUCCAAUCUUGGAUCCAAUUUGAAUAAUGGCAAAUGCAGUAUAAAACAAUAAAAUGGUCAACAAAAAUGCAAUGCAUGAUUAAAUCUAUCCAACUUCUUAUUUGUCUUUGUAGUUUUACGCAUUCAGUAAGGACACAAAUGAAGGUGAUUUCGUUCUUUUUACAUCCCUCAUGUGUCAAUUGAGAGGAAUGAGUUUCUGUCUGGAUUGUUGUUUAUCAGGCGCAAAGAAAGAUAAAGGCGACGCCAAUGGCAAUGAGGAUAAAGACGAAGUCAAAUAUGGCUUUAUUGAUUUACUGGGAUAUAAUUUUUAUUUACCAUUAUUUUGUAAUGGACCAGUAGUACUUUAUGAUGAAUUUUACAAACAGGUAUAUGCUAAUGCAUGUAUGUAACUUUACUUUGAUUCAGGGACGCCGGAACGAUGUGAAGGCAAGGGGGGCAGAUUUUCGUGAAAGGGCACUUAUGAUGGAUAUAUACUAAGAGAUGUUUGCAAAACAUCGGGAGUUGAACUUUGCCUAAUCAUAUUUUCUAUUUAUUGGAUGAUAGGGGUGUGAUGGGGUUCUCCACCAGGCGAUUGUGCUAUUCUUGAAGCUCGAUGACUGCAUUUCCGUUGCGUUUUCUGAAGCAAAUUCGUAAAAGAAUUGCACUAACAUUUUGUCAUUUCGCUAUUUCGCCAAGGCGAUCCUUUAUAUUGAAAGGGCACCUUUGCCCUCCUUGCCCCUCCUGGUAAAGGGCAACGGGGGCGGCUGCCCCUCCUGCCCCCCCCCCAGUUCCGGCGUCCCUGCUUUGCUUACUUAAUCAUCAUAUAAAAAUUUCAAACUCAAUAAUUCAUGAGUAAAUUAGCCAACCAUAUUGCUUAUAUGACAAUACUGGAUAUAAUGGUCCAGUCCUAGGACUGGAUCAAAAUUAAUUCAGUCCUUGGACUGGAUCAAAAUUAAUUCACUUCACUUUAAGUAGUGACUAAAGCCCCGUUUACACUACGCUCAAUUUUUGGUACGGCACGGAUAAAAUUGGUACCCGUACCACUUUUUUGGUUCUUGGACUACCUAUUUAGGUAGUCCAAGAACCAAAAUGUGGUACGGUACCAAAUAUUGAGCGUAGUAUAAACGGGGCUUAGCUAAAUAGGUAGUCCAAGAACCAAAAAAGUGGUACGGGUACCAAUUUUAUCCGUGCCGUACCAAAAAUUGAGUGUAGUGUAAACGGGGCUUUAGUCGUACGAGAUGUCAUAUCAAAUCCUCCAAUUCGGACUGGACUCAGGCCCGGAGCUACGGGGGGUGUGGGGGACCCCCCCCCAGAAAUUGUAUUCAGUCGGCAGGACUGCUAUUCAGUCGGUAGAACUGCUAUUUGGGUUAAAUAUUUUCGCGCAAAGGGCAAGAUAGGGUUGGAAAAAUUGAGAAAAUUUGUGAUGUCUGGAAAAUUUUUUUCAUGUUCCGAAAAAUUUUGGUAUGUCCGGAAAAAUUUUUGUUUCCCUAAAAUGGUACAGACCGAAAUUUUUUUGGCGACGGGGGGAGGUCGCCAAAAAUAAUUUGUUCUGGAAAAUUUUUUCGGCACUAGUCGGUUGAAAUGACCUUACACCCCCCUGAAGAAUUCUCUGAGGACGGCCCUGACUGGACUAGAUUCGGCUUCGCUUGGACUGGAUCAAAUUGCGCGGACUUAAAAUCUGGUCCACUCCUCAUAGUUGGAUUUGAAAUAUUACAUCAUAUUUAGUUAACUUUCGUAACAGUAACAAAUACACGCGCAUUUGUAGGUCCUCUGGCAGGAAUCGAACAUGAGGCCCUGUGAUUCCGGUGCAGCGCUCUAACCAACUGAGCUAGAGAGACAGUUGGUCCACAUUGAACCACAAAUUCAUGUGUAUAUAUAUAUAUAUAUAUAUAUAUAUAUAUAUAUAUAUAUAUAUAUAUAUAUAUAUAUAUAUAUAUAUAUAUAUAUAUAUAUAUAUAUAUAUAUAUAUAUAUAUAUAUAUAUAUAUAUAGGUUGUCUAUAUCUUAAAAUUAAAUAUCGCUACUCUGAGUUUCACGUCCUUUCUAGACGAUCAUCAGGCGAUUUUGUUCACGAUUUUGUUACUGAUUACGUGAUUGCAUCAUCAUCAACCGUUCGCUGACGCGUUAACUUGUUUGUUCGCGCGCGUUCGAAUUUCCAGGCGCUGAAUUUUUCUCGAUGGCGACAUUUCGCGAAGAACUAUAUAUAUAUAUAUAUAUAUAUAUAUAUAUAUAUAUAUAUAUAUAUAUAUAUAUAUAUAUAUAUAUAUAUAUAUAUAUAUAUAUAUAUAUAUAUAUAUAUAUAUAUAUAUAUAUAUAUAUAUAUGAUGGGUGAAGCCAGUGGAAGGCACCGUUCGAUAUUAAUGUUUCAAUUCAAUCUUAGGUCAACAAGCCACCAAGACCGCUCUCAAAAGAAGUUCGAGCUUCCUUCCUAUGGGAUGCCAUCAGAACGUUGUUUUGGUUUACAGUUAUGGAACUCGGCUCACACGUCCUGUAUAUCAAUUCACUGGCACGCGACCCAUAUCUCAUAGAGAACGUACCAGUAUUAAUGUCAACAGGACUUGUGUAUAUACUACUGUUGCUAUUCUCUAUCAAAUAUGUCGUGUUUUAUCGAAUUGCUGGGAUGUACUCGAGACUGGAUGGGAUAUCACCACCUGAUAUACCGAAAUGCGUUCUGAACAUUUAUUCGUUUCCCGUUAUGUGGAAGUAAGUACAAUUCACCUAUUCACCAAUAGCGACGCCAUCUUGAAUUUCGCGUUCAACGCAAUGCAUUAUGGGUGAUCCAGGGUAAUUGAGCGUUUUUGAAGGGCUGUAAAUCAAAUAUGUAGGCGAAAACACACGUUUUUAUAGUUGUAAAUAACAGACAAUUUUUAGAAGAACUAGGAAAACACACAAAAGCUGGGAAAAAUAAAAAAAUGAGGAUAAAAUGUAUAGUUUAAAUCUUUGUUAGGCCUAAAAAGGGAAAUAAUUUCAACAAAGUGCGCAUAAAAUUGAUUUACACUGCCUCAUUGUCCUCAAGAAAGUGUUUAUGAAAAAAAAUUAUCGUAUUGUGUCUCAAUACGACAUUAAAGGCUUUUUGAAUUCGGAUUUUUACCCUGGAUAACCCAUAAUGCAUCAUGAUUCAAGAUGGCGUCGCUAUUGGUGAAUAAGUGAAUUAAUGCAAUAAAUAAAUGGGUUAACUUGCAGGUCCGGCCAGGGUAUUUUGACCAUUUUACUUUUGCUAUACAGUAUUUUACUGGUAAAUUAAGUGGAAAAGCAUGUAUAAAGUAUCCUACAUUUACCCGGGAAUUUUAGGUAUACUUUGGUAUACUGAGCCAGUAUUAUCGAGUAUAUUGGUAUGCUGGUAACCCCCUGGCUAUAGCCGAGUAUAGGCCCGAACUUGAUUCCAUUUUAUAUUCUAUGAUAUGGAGGUAUUGGUGGCAAUGUCCUACUAACCGCUAUCGUUUUUUUUUCUUUGUAUAGAACAUUUGACAAAGGAUUACAUCAUUGGCUUAUGAAGUAAGAGUUGAACUUUUCACGUGAAUGACAAUGUACACUUAUUGACAAAUAUUACACUUAUAUGACAAUGUACACUUAUUGACAAUGUUUCUUGGUCUUCAGAAAACAUGGCUACAAAAUAUUGUUUACGCAUGCAACGUUUCACAAGACUCAGUGUUUAAUUUAGCUAGUAGCAAUACUAUGAACAUAUCCGUCAUAUCCUAGUUUUUCUGUUGCAGAUAUAUUUACAAACCACUUGGCGGCUCCAAGCAUGGUAUCUUUAGACAACUGAUUAGUUCCAUGGCAACGUUUGCUUACGUAUAUUACUGGCAUGGCGCAUAUGAUUAUCUUUUAUACUGGGCUGUUUCACAGUGGCUUGGUGUGUUUAUAGAAGCCAUGGCUGCCAAAUUAUUGAAGACUAAAACAUUACAGCAUUUAGAGGUAAGUGUUGAACUUAAUGUCUUACAACUUUGGAUAGCUCUUAUUAGGUUCAAGUUCUUCCUAGAGGUCCAUUAAGCGCUGUCCCCUGGUGCAAUGUUUCUACAGGAGGAAACCUAAGCUAAACUAAGUUUAUUUAUACUAGAUAGCUCUUAGACUAUCACCUUUAUCGAAACUGCCCACUCUAGAGAGAUUAAGCGCGAUAGCCCUGUAAACAACUGUCCAAUACAGGAAUUGUUUCCGAUCGCAGAGGUGAAUGACACAUUCAUCCAAUACUGUGCGACCAACAGCCCAUGUAUAAACACCCAGAAAACAACAUUAUUUUAAAUAUUUUAGUACGAUAUUCUCUCGCCAUCCGCGACGAGACGUCUUCAUGCUAUGGGUGGUGUUUUUACGAUCAUCGCAGGCAUACUAAGUAACUGUGCCUUCCUUGUCGGUCACCAGUCUGUGCUGGCCUACCUCAAAGCUGUAUUUAUUAAAGGUAUUGUAUUUUAUGUAAUAUUUUGAAAUUGACACGAACUGAAAUUUUAUUAAAGAUGAAGGUCAAGUCUAUUCUGCGCAUGCGCUAUGGAGGACCUUAUGGUGUAAACAAUGUCCAAAUUUCGCGUUGUGUCGAUAUCUUCUAAAUUGAAAGUCUAAUCUAUAUUCAUUUAAAAGUAAAGCAAACCAAAACGAUGUUAGAUAUUGACUAAGUGCAUUAUAUUUUAUGAAUAUAGUGUCUUCAAAAUGUAAACAAACUUCACAUACGCUGAACGGACUUGACCGCCUCUUUAAACUUUGCCUACAACGGCAAAGCCAAUUACCGUGGACCCAAUUUUGAUCUUUAGUCUUAGGACUUCAAAUCGGCAUUCAUAUCUAUGGGCAAUUAUCAUAGGCGAUUUCUGAGAUCGGUUAAUCCUUUGUCUAAUUUUUUUAUUGAUUUAGGCGGAGUAUGGACGCCACUAUGCCUUGCUAUGGUCACAUACUGUUUGGUACAAGUUAUUAUGGAAGUCGAACUACGCACAAGAGAGGACAAAAACUCUAAGAAAAAAUUGUAAUCAUAACUUUUAAGAGCGAAACUCUGGUUUUAUUCUUCAAUAAAAGCACUGGAAUUUUAACAAAGUCGUUUUAAAUACACAAUCUACUGUCUUUCAUUUGCAAAAACCGUAUUGGCAAGAAGAGCUAAUUCAUGCAAUGCUGUUUACAAUUACCAUACAACUACAAGUGUAUAGUGACGUACUGCAUCAAAAAUAUUCUCCUGAAUACAAAAUGGUCAAAUACAAAUAUUUCACCGCAACAUGCUCUUGCAAAUGCACUAGACCAAUAAACUGAUUUUGGGCAGGAUUUGUGAAUCGGAAUUUAUACAUACGGAAUUUAUGCAUAAUUAUGUUACCCAUGGAUAAUAAAAGCACUCUUUUAACUAUCCACGGUCAACCCUGGCAAACUAGGGUAAAUUGUUUCAUGUGGAAACAUUUGAAAAUCAUCAUAUUUCCUUGCGUGUUAUCCCGUUUGCAGCGUGCGCCUUAUAGACAACAACAGCACACGAAACGAACUAACGAAUAGACCAUGGUGUGUGUAUAUAGAAAAUAAUGAUAUCUACUUAACUAAUCCUAUUUUCUUUGCCUCGGUUUCAUAAAUAAGAAGUCUCCACAUCUUAACAACAAAUACCUCCGCUUCGUCGUCCAGAACC